AUGUUUGAUACUCAAUAUAAGGAAAGAGGAAUUGGUGGCACAACUUAUUGGGAGGAAGCAUUUACAAACUUUGAAGGUGUUGAUGGGAAUAGUAACUUGACUUGCAAGAGGCUGGCAACUGUAACAAAGUUACACAGUCACCUUCAGAAUGCAAGAUUUUUGCUUGUGUGCUCACCCCCAAUGUCUGGAAAGACAUCACUUGCACAACUCUAUGAGAACUAUUUACUCAAUACACAUAAUGAACUAUAUGAAAUUCAGGUGUUAUACAAACCAGAAGGUGCAUCAGCCUGUCUAUUUGGUGGUGACAAGUUUUGGGACACUGUCAAGAGAGUUCUACAGGGUGGUGGUCUCCACAUUGUUGCUUUUGCAUCCUAUGGAUAUUGGGGAGCAUAUAGUGGACCAGGCCAUCUUAAAACUAUAUCUCCUUUUGACUUAGAUGAAAUUAAUACUUGGAAUUUUGAAGAUGUUCAGUAUUCUGAACAAGAUGCAGUUGCAGACCAUCUGAUCAAAACAAAUGUUCUUUCAGACUUCCAUCAAGAAUAUUAUUUGAGAAACAGGAAACUUGACUUCACAUCACCACUAGUCCAUGUAGCUUAUCUUCAGGAACAUCUUGGAUCUAGAACCCAUGUACACACUUUACCAUAUCCUUUUGAAGAUUUUAUCAAGAAGGUGUUUGAAUUAAUGAGCCCAGAGACUUUCAAGAAAACCCUUUGUGUGGGUAAUGAUGGUCAACUGCUGGAGAGGGCAUGGCAAAUGGAGUUUUACCAUGCAGCAAGACAACUGCUUCCAAAAAAUGUACAUAUCUCUCCAGAUGUUGGUGCUGUUUUUGCUUCAGAGGGCUGGGUGGACUUUUAUGUUGAUGGUAAACAUGAUUGGAUGAUAGAGCUAGUUUGA